UGUAGACUGCUUCUACAAACAUAUGUGAAAGAAUGGGUCCCUCUCAGGAGCUCAGUGAAUUCAAGCGUGGGUACCGUGAUAGGUUGCCACCUGUGCAAUAAGUCCAUCCAUGAAAUUUCCUUGCUACUAAAUAUUCCACGGUCCACUGUUAGUGGUAUUAUAACAAAGGGGAAGCAACUAGGAACAACAGCAAUCCAUGAAGUGAACAGGGUCAACGCAUGCUGAAGCGCACAGUGCACAGAAGUCGCCAUCUGUCUGCAGGGUCAAUAGCUAAAGAGCAAAACAUC